AUGGCGACUUCUCGCUUUUCUUCGCUCAUCUCUUUUAUCCCGAGCGGUAGUAGCAAGGGGUUUAUAGUCUCCUCUCAGGCGGUGAAUCGCCCAUCCCUCCUACGUCCUCUCGCGAUUUCCCGCGUCGCGAUCCUCGUAGUAACUUCGAUCCUGGCCCUCUCUUUAGCAUCCAUCGUGUCCGACGCAUCGCCCCUCCCUGACGUGUCGCCUCUUCCUGACGUGUCGCCUCUCCCUGACGCGCCUCAUCCGCAGCCAACUGCCAGCUCUCUCCCGGAAACCCCUUAUUCCGAAUCCAUUCCCGCGACAAACCCACCAGAAACUAGCACGCCCAUCCGCGGACCUCUCUCCCCGCUCCGAAGUCAGUCUGCUCAAAAUCCCCCAUCGCCCUCCUCCGAGUUCCUGCCGACCGCUGCGAGCCUGAUCGGAACGGAUGACGGCACGCCGGGUCUGCCGGCCUGGACGGUCAAUGGAACGGCGGCCGCGCUGUCGAAACUUGUAGGAGCGGACGGCACGCCGGGGAAGGUGUUUAGUCGUGGGCCGUAUAAGCCGGUGGAACGAUCUUCUAUUGGCGGACCCAUGUUCAUUUUCAAGGUGCUGCCUCCGCGCCCUAUCCUCCUAUGGGCGCCUGCCACGUCAUCACCGAAGUCCUUCCCCGUGGUUGUGUUUCAGCACGGGUGGGCCACUCGCAACUUCUGGUUCGCUGACAUGCUCAAGAGAGUGGUGUCUCAUGGCUACAUUGUGGUUGCUCCGCAGAUGUACCCUCUAAUUGGUCUCACAGGAGCCGUCUACGAGAUGAAAGGAUCCUUCUCCUCAUCGCAGCUCUCCACGCCAGUGCUGGUUUUCCAACACGGCUUCGCAGCUAAAACGCACUUCUACUCGCAGCUGCUCUCGCGCAUCGCGUCGCAUGGCUUCAUUGUCGUGGCUCCUCAGGUGAGUGUGUUUGUGGAAAGCUGA